UUGUAAAAAUGGCAGAGGGAGAAUUCGGCGUAACCCAAGCAGGGAAACAGGUACAGAAAGUUUCAAUACCAUUUCUCUGGGAAGAAAAACCAGGGACACCCAAGAAAGGGUGGAAGCGUGAAAAUGUACCAGCAACUGCUGGUGUGCCUCCGUUGAAACUCAUUACUUCUGUUCCAUUUGAGUGGGAAGAAAAACCUGGAAAACCAUUCGCAUGUUUUGCGCAAUCACUGCCCGCUGGUGAGGAACCUUUAGAGCAAUUGGAAUGCAUAACACCACCACCACAACAACUUGCUUCCCCACAUCUCCCGCUUCCACCAGGAAAACUCAUUGGUUUUCCUUCCCCUUUGAUGCACACUUCGAUGUCAUCUCCAGUCACGAUACGUUCGAAGUUGAGCAAUGUUUUCCGGAGGAGAGGAAGUUACAGAGGUGAUAAUCAUAGCGAAUAUGAAGACGAGGAGGAGAGUGGCGAUGAACAAGAGAUGUUCAUUUCUUCGCCUUCUCUCAUACCAAAUGGUCUAAUGUCAACUGUUCCAAACUUUAAUCCAUUUCCAGUAGAUCAAGCAAAGGUGAAUGCAAAUUCUACAUCGACAGAGGAGGAUAGUGAAGAGCUCGAUGAGAACACCUCGACAGUUUCCGAAACAGAAAGUGAUUUGAGUAGUUAUGCAACUGAGAGUACAAGUCUCAUUGGAGAUUCUUUCCUGGACAGCCUCUUCCCAGUGUAUUCACAAGAUUCUGGUGUCCUAGACAAGGUUGGCCAGCAUGAGAAAAAAUCAUGUGUUACUUUCUCGGAUCAGAAAAUCAUAAUUGGGUUCCAGAGCAAAAGUGAUAACAGCAUUGUCGCGAGAAGAACACUAACACUUCAACAGUUGAUAGAGAUGAGCCGCAAGUUAAGUUGCCGGAGGAAAGAAGUUCAGAUGAGUAAACGCGACAUUCCUAUGGAAUUCAUGAAGAGAAGCUUGUUUGGGUGCUUCAUUGCUUGAGCUGGUUGCGGACCAGAAUGUUGCAUUCAGGAAAAGAUGGCAACUGGUGCAGCAUAGAUUUCCUUUUCUAUUUUACUUUGCAAGAUUGUUUCCAAAAAUCUUUUUCUCUGUAUGCCCUUGAGAGUCCUGCUUUCAUCUGAUCAUCACUCAUCGGAAUGUACAAAUUUAUACCAUGUUUUAUAUUGGCCGGUUAGCUUCAAAAGCUUCCAUUCAAAGAACUGUGCUAGUUCUAUCUGUAACUCUGCAAGCCUUGAAUUAAAAUCUGUUUUUCUCCA